UUUAAAUAUGCAGAUAAGUUUUCCUGUCUAAAAACGGAAAUAAAUCGGCAUGCAUGGCUAAGCCUAAGCUUAAAUUAUCCAAAUUCUUUGAAUAUCUCCAGCUCAAAAGCUUUCUUUGCCUCAAAGUUCUAAUAUUUGAAUAGAACCUGAUUGUUUUUUCUCAAUAGGGUACUAAAGCCCUAUUCUGUUUUUGGUCUUAAGUGAUAAAGCGUGUCUAAUAAAUACAUGAGGCAUUUUUAAUUUCAUGUUUUCAAGGGUUAUUUGCGAAAAAAAAAACGAGUUUCAAUUUUUUAAAUAUUACAAAAAUUCAACACAAUUUCACGGCAACCCUGCACAGUGAAAAUAUCGGAAAUCGAAAAAUUGUUCAAAAGCAAACCAAGCAACCAUCGUUGUUGUUGCUGUCUAUUUUUCUUUAUGUUGAUGUUACCGAAACUUUUUCAUGUUUACAUUGGUGGAAGAAUAGUGUUAAAAGUCGAAAAAUGACCUGUGCAGUAGUAUGCUGCAAGCGGACAAAAAAACUAUCACCGGAUAUACAUUUUUUCCCGGUUCCGAAGAAUGGCGAUGCGUCGAAAAUCCCAUGCCAAAGCUAAUGAAAACCAGAAGAAUGUUUGUUUGUGAUAAUCAUUUUGAGCCGGGUGAUUAUCGAAGCGUUAUUGUGAAACCAGCGAAAAUAAAACAACGUUUUCAAUUGUAUCCAGACAUUCUGCCUCACAAAAACUUGCCGGUUGAAUCUUGCGGCGUCAGAUAUUCGUACUUGGACAGAGAAAAUGAUCCACUUGCAUAUGAUGAAUCAGCAGUCUCAAGUCUUGAAUGCACGGCAAAUAAUAGCAAAUCUCUCGAUAGGUCUACAGCCAAUAUUGAACCGUUUGACUAUUCACAGCCCCCAAAACGAUCCAAGUUAAACGAGAUCAGUUCCAAGGAAAACGUCGAACCUCACGAUCAGCGAAUCUGCAAGCAGGGCUUGGUUGAUCGAAGUGUUGCAACAGAGGCUUUGCUUCAAGCGUCCGUAUCUGUGCAAUGUGCCAUUUUGACGGAAACUAAAGCAACACAGACGAAAUUUCAUUAAACCUCAUCCAAAACUCUUCCACCAUAUUUAGAUGUCCAAAGUUCAGCUGGAUCCACUGUGCAGUCAAGUGAAAAAUCCUGUGAAAGCGAGUAUUUGCCUAGCGCAGACAGCUUAAAUGAGUUUAAAGCUGAAGUUUCUUUUAAAGAAGUUUUUUGUCAAAUUGAAACGUUUGUUAGGACAAAAUCUACCAAUUAUUUAGGCAUUUCAAACGAAAACCUUUUCAUUUUAGAUGCGUUAUCAGUCACUACUGGCAUAAGUAAGAGAGAUAUAAUGUUAGUUUUUCGAAAAAUAAGAUUGAAUGAAUCAUAUGAGAUUUUGAGUGACACUGCGCGCGCGUUGGGCAAAUUUUUAAUGACUGUGUUCCUAAAAUCGCCAAAGAAAUGAACGAAAUAAUUUUCUGGCCUUCAGCCAGCGAGAUUAAAAAAUUUUUACCAGUUUCUUUUCUGAACAAAAAUUCUAGCGUUCAAAGCAUUAUCGACUGCUUUGAAGUGCAAAUUGAAAAACCGUUCGAUCCUGUUUUACAAUCAAUAACUUACUCAUCGUAUAAAUCAUGCAAUACGUUGAAGUUUUUGAUAUCUUGUACUCCUUGUGGUUUGGUUACAUUUUUAUCUAGAGCGUUUCCUGGACGUGCGAGUGACCAAAAAAUCGUUCGACGUUCUGGAUAUUUGAAAAUGAUUCAGCCCGGUGCAGGAGUACUUGCGGAUCGCGGUUUUAAAAAUGUGGCAUCAGAUGUUGCCAACUCUGGAGGAGUUCUUAUAAGACCACCCAGUGUAUCUAAUGAUGAACCGUUAUCUAGAGAUGAUUCAAUGUUAGCAAAAGAGAUCGCGAGUGUCAGGAUACACGUUGAGCGCCUUAUAAGAAGAUUUAGGGAGUUUAAAAUAUGCGCUCCACAUGCAGAACUACCUUCAACGUUGUUUGAUAAGGUUGAUGAUAUUGUUACAAUCAUAGGUGGAUCAGUUAACAUGCAAGGCAAGCUGAUAGGGUGAAAUAGAUUUUACUUGUAGUGGAUUAUGUUAGCAAUAUACGUUUUGAAAUACUAGUUACUCAAGAUAACUAAAAACUGCAAAGUAUUUAUUGUAAUUUU